GAGCAUGCCCUUCCAAUCCCGCUGGCAGAUUGACGUCCCCGACUGUCAUCUGGCAUCGCUUCUCCUCACCUCCCCCACUCAUCCGCUCUCCAACUCGCACCGCUGCUUCGCCGAGGCUGCUCGCCCCGAUACGCACUACUUCACUACCCAUGGGUUUCGUCUCUGGAGUCAGCGGUUCGCUGCCGGGUUGCGCCGUGCCGGGUUGAAGCCCGGCGACCGCGUCUUGCUCUUCUCUGGAAAUGACCUCUUCUUCCCCGUCGUCUUCAUGGGCAUCAUCAUGGCCGGUGGCAUCUUUUCCGGCGCCAAUCCCACCUUUGUCGCGGGUGAGCUGGCCUACCAGCUGCAGGACAGCGGUGCGACCUACCUGCUUUGCGCAGACGCCAGUCUAGACACGGGCAUCGAGGCGGCCCGCUUGGCGGGACUCCCCCAAGACCGCGUGUUUGUCUUCGACAAUGCGGUGUACGACGGGCGGGCCGAAGGUCGCCUGGGAUGUCGCCACUGGGGUGAGCUCAUCGCGUCCGAGAGCGAAGCGACUGGGUUCGCGUGGGAGGAGCUGUCCACGCCCGAGGCAGCCCGCCGCACGCUGGCCCUCAAUUACUCGAGUGGCACGACAGGACGGCCCAAGGGCGUGGAGAUCUCGCACAAAAACUAUUGCGCGAACAUGCUGCAGUGGAACCAUCUCUUCUACCAGGAUCCGGACUGGAAGGAGAGGCAAAGCCGCUCUCGCUGGCUGUGCUUUCUGCCCAUGUAUCACGCCAUGGCACAGAGUAUCUUCAUUGCUGCGGCCAUCUCGCGCAGCGUACCUGUGUACAUAAUGCCUAAGUUCGAUUUUAUCAAGAUGCUCGAGUAUACCGACCGGUUUCGCAUCUCGGAUCUCAUCCUCGUGCCCCCUGUUGUGGUGGCGUUGGCGAAGCAUCCCGUGGUCAGGAGCGGUAAGUAUGAUUUGAGUAGCGUUGAGUCUGUCGGUAGUGGGGCGGCCCCUCUUGGACGCGAGGUCUGCGAGGAGGUCGAGAAGCUGUGGGAGCCAGGACGGAUCAAUGUCAAGCAGGGAUGGGGAAUGACGGAAGCGACAUGUUCGAUCCUCGGAUGGGACCCCACCCAAAAGAGCUACACUGCUUCGGUGGGGGAGCUUAACGCCAACUGCGAAGCGAGAAUCAUGGCCGAUGACGGAGUGACCGAGUUGGGGCGUAACGAGCGCGGCGAGCUCUGGGUUCGCGGCCCCAACGUUAUGAAAGGAUACUGGCGCAAUCCACAAGCCACGCAGGAGACUUUGACCGAGGACGGGUGGCUGAAGACGGGCGAUAUCGCCUACGUCUCCACCGAUGGCAAGUUCCAUGUGGUUGACCGGAAGAAGGAAUUGAUCAAAGUGAAAGGCAAUCAAGUCGCCCCGGCCGAACUGGAAGCCAUCCUGUUGGAGCAUCCCGCUAUUGCUGAUGUUGCCGUCAUCGGCGUUACUGUGAACGAUGACGAACGGCCCCGAGCAUAUGUUGUACUGAAUCCCGGAAAGACCGCCACGGCGCAGGACAUCACCUCGUUCAUGGACGGAAAAGUCUCAUGGAUCAAGCGCAUCACGGGCGGCGUUGUCUUCCUCGAUGCGAUCCCGAAGAAUCCCUCCGGAAAGAUCCUGCGGAAGACACUUCGCGACAAGGCACAGAAGGAGAUUCAGCAGAACACUGGUGAUGUCCGGGCCAAACUAUAGAUCCAACGUACAGCCAUCAUAAAGAUUAUUUGGAGGCCCUUCAAGUUUUUCAAGGGAUGAAGCUAUACACUGUUUGAACUCUGGCGGAUCAAUGUGGGGUAUGGAUUCGAGCAUAUAGAUCGCGAUCGUAUUAACCCAUAAAUUCAGUAAAGUAUGUGAGAUGCGUAAGAAGGUUCAAGAUUCCAGAUUGCCAGUAAGAACCAGGAUCUGCUUUUUGGGCAGGUGAGGGGCCA